AUGUCUCUCUCAUCUAACGGACAUUAUAUUGACAAGGCAUGGGGCAAGGACCGAUACCGAGAGCUCAUGAGAGUCGCCCGACAGUGGAGGCAGUUGAAGACGAUGAAAUGGCAUGGCUUCGGCCAUUGUUCCGACAGCCCGAAUGCAGGAGAUCUCGCAUUAUUUUGCCCGGCAUGUCCUCAGCCUGGGAUUAAUGUGUCCUUCUCAGGGGAUGAAUCACUUGAUGAGUGGAAAUACACCCGGUCAUUUGUUAUGGAUGGAAAUUUCAAAGCUGAACACCUGCAUCCCAUGAAGCCAUUUGAUGAAGUUUGGCUGUCAGAUGGGUUGGGAUUCAUGGUGGGAAAGGACAGGUAUAACACGCAUCUUGCAGAGGCUGCCGACACUUUAGAAAAAUCAAGCUGCAACAAUCACCGGGCAGUAAAUCAAGCAAAUGCGGCUCGGCACAAGCUGGAAUCCACGGGCAUCGGGGGAGUAGCCUGUGCGAGACACGGUUGCUUUGUUCCUCACUCGAUGGUAGAUUUUCAGAAAGGCGAAGGCAAGCCGACCCAGCCAUUCAAUAUUCAUGAGUUAACCAUGCAUCAUUCGCAGACAAAUGAACAUGGACUAUGCCCUUUGUGA